GCCGGCUCGCAGCGAAGGAGCGCCGCGGCGUCGGGUCGGGUCCGGGGUCGCCAUGGGGCGCGGCAGCGGCACUUUCGAGCGUCUCCUAGACAAAGCGACUAGCCAGCUUCUGCUGGAGACCGACUGGGAGUCCAUCCUCCAGAUCUGCGACCUGAUCCGCCAAGGGGACACACAAGCAAAGUAUGCCGUGAGUUCCAUCAAGAAGAAGGUCAACGACAAGAAUCCCCACGUGGCCUUGUAUGCCCUAGAGGUCAUGGAGUCCGUGGUGAAGAACUGCGGGCAGACCGUCCACGAUGAGGUGGCCAACAAGCAAACCAUGGAGGAGCUGAAGGAGCUGCUGAAGAGGCAGGUAGAAGUAAAUGUCCGAAAUAAGAUCCUGUAUCUGAUCCAGGCCUGGGCACACGCCUUCCGGAACGAGCCCAAGUACAAGGUGGUCCAGGACACGUACCAGAUCAUGAAAGUGGAAGGAUUCGUCUUCCCGGAGUUCAAGGAGAGUGAUGCCAUGUUUGCUGCAGAGAGAGCCCCCGACUGGGUGGAUGCCGAGGAGUGCCACCGGUGCAGGGUGCAGUUUGGGGUGAUGACCCGAAAGCACCACUGCCGGGCGUGUGGCCAGAUCUUCUGCGGCAAGUGCUCAUCCAAGUACUCCACCAUCCCCAAGUUCGGCAUCGAGAAGGAGGUGCGUGUGUGCGAGCCCUGCUACGAGCAGCUGAACAAGAAAGCAGAAGGAAAGGCCUCCUCCACGACGGAGCUGCCGCCGGAGUACCUGACCAGCCCCCUGUCACAGCAGUCCCAGCUGCCCCCCAAGAGGGAUGAGACGGCCCUGCAGGAGGAGGAGGAGCUGCAGCUGGCUCUGGCCCUGUCACAGUCGGAGGCCGAGGAGAAGGAGAGAAUGAGACAGAAAUCAGCAUACACCACGUACCCCAAGGCAGAGCCUGCGCCUGUGGCCUCGUCGGCGCCCUCCGCCAGUAGCCUCUAUUCUUCGCCCGUGAACUCAUCAGCGCCUCUGGCUGAGGACAUGGAUCCUGAGCUUGCCAGGUACCUCAACCGGAACUACUGGGAGAAGAAGCAGGAGGAGGCUCGGAAGAGCCCCACGCCCUCUGCACCUGUGCCCUUGACAGAGCUGACUGCCCAACCUGGGGAGGGGCACACAGCCCCUGCCAGCAUGGUGGACAUGCCCCUCCCGGACACAGACUCUCAGGUCAUAACUCCCUCCAGUGGCCCCUUUAGUGAGCAGCAGUACCAGAACGGGGAGUCGGAGGAGAACCAUGCGCAAUUUCUGAAGGCCCUGCAGAACGCUGUCACCACCUUCGUCAACCGCAUGAAGAGCAACCACAUGCGAGGCCGCAGCAUCACCAACGACUCUGCCGUGCUCUCUCUCUUCCAGUCCAUCAACAGCAUGCACCCGCAGCUGCUGGAGCUGCUCAACCAGCUGGACGAGCGCAGGCUGUACUACGAGGGGCUGCAGGACAAGCUGGCGCAGAUCCGCGAUGCCCGGGGGGCACUCAGUGCCCUGCGGGAAGAGCACCAGGAGAAGCUGCGCCAGGCGGCUGAGGAGGCCGAGCGCCAGCGCCAGAUCCAGCUGGCCCAGAAGCUGGAGAUCAUGCGGCAGAAGAAGCAGGAGUACCUGGAGGUGCAGAGGCAGUUGGCCAUCCAGCGCCUGCAGGAGCAAGAGAAGGAGCGGCAGAUCCGGCUGGAGCAGCAGAAGCAGACCAUCCAGAUGCGGGCCCAGAUGCCCGCCUUCUCCCUGCCCUACGCCCAGCUCCAGGCCAUGCCUUCAGCCGGGGGCGUGCUGUACCAGCCCUCGGGCCCAACAAGCUUCCCUGGCACCUUCAGCCCGGCAGGCUCAGUGGAGGGCUCCCCCAUGCACACUGUGUACAUGAGCCAGCCAGCCCCUCCCGCCAGCGGCCCCUACCCUAGCAUGCCUGGGGCCGGAGCAGAUCCCAGCAUGAUGAGCGCCUACAUAUACCCAGCAGGGGCUGCUGGCACACAGGCAGCCCCCCAGGGCCCGGCUGGACCAACUGCCAGCCCAGCCUACUCAUCCUACCAGCCCACUCCUACGCAGGGCUAUCAGAGCGUGGCCUCCCAGGCCCCACAGAGCCUCCCGGCCAUCUCCCAGCCUCCACAGUCUGGCACCAUGGGUUACAUGGGGAGCCAUUCGGUAUCCAUGGGCUACCAGCCUUACAGCAUGCAGAAUCUCAUGACCACCCUCCCCAGCCAGGACGCCCCUCUGCCACCCCCGCAGCAGCCCUACAUCUCAGGGCAGCAGCCCAUAUACCAGCAGAUGACGCCCUCAGGUGGCCCUCCCCAGCAGCAGCCCCCCAUGGCCCAGCAGCCGCCUGCACAGGGGCUACCAGCACAGGGUAGCGAAGCCCAGCUCAUCUCAUUUGACUGACCCUGGGCCAGGAGCUCACCAUCCAGAGUAACACCGCAGUUCUCCAAAACCGCCGCCUCCGUCUCUUAACUAGCUGCGCCCUCUUCUCUUUUCUCUUACUGCCGUGUAGUGUCCCUGCUCCGUGUGAGCUGGGGCGGGGUGGGGGGUGGCCCUUCACCCUGGCCGUCCUCCCUCUUUCUGUCCUUGCCUACUGGCUCUUCAUCCCCCCUGGCCCCAUCCUCGUCCCUGUCUCCCUGAGUUGGUCUUUGACUUAUUUCCCCUGAGCUGGGCCUCGGCCAGGAGGCUGGGAGGGAAGGACCUUCUCUGAGAGAAAGCCCCCAGCCCCCUGGGUCAGGUCCCUCUGCCCCGCGCAGCCCGCGCCCUCCCAUCUCCACCCGUGAGGCCACAGGCCUGGUGGUUUGUGACUAGUGUGGGUGCUCCCCAGAGCCCUCCGGUGUGGCCGCUGGGCUGUCAGCAGGGGCACCCCUGGUCCUCACAGGAAGGGUGGAGGCUUGUCUCCAGCUUCUCUGCUUCUGAGCUGUCAUCUCAUCCAGUGCCCUGAGUAGACGGAAUGGAACAGCGAUAAUAAAAUGUCUUUCAACAAG